CGAAAAUAUGGAAUAGAGCUAUAUUUAUUAUUACGAUUGUUUUGAUUAAAGGUUGACAGAAAUAUUAUCUUGAGUAACAAAAAUAAUUUUACUAUCGAGCUUAAAAUUGCUAUUAAAUCGUGAAAAGAUUUAUGAAAGAAUAUGGCGUUCCUAGCUGUAAGCGUGCAUCAGCGAGCUCUCAGAAGGAUAACAUUUCCGAACAUUUGGUGGCUUAAACUAUUGACGGGUCAUCCAAAAAGCACCAAUGUCGAUGCCAUCGAUUCUUUUAUAAGCGAACUAAUGGAAAACAAAGCUCUGAAAUGGAAAAUUCUCAAAAGAAAUACGACAAUUUCGCAAAAUGUUUUGCAGCCGGAACCGAUAACUCCAGUCACAAAAACCACCACAUUAAACCUAACGCAAAUUUUUGAUGAUCUCACAUCGAAUCCUCUAGUUGUCAAUAUAGAGCCACUGGAACAGAUUCACAUUGAUAAUCUUUUAGAAACAGCAAUACAAGAGAAAAAUAAUUGUGAUGUACAACUUCUUUUCGAUCAGUUACUGGAGUUCAACAGAUUACCUUCUCUGAAUGUUAUUGAUCAAAUAUUCAGACACCUAAUUGAUUACAAUGAUCGAACAAGGUUCGAACAGCUCUUAGAACUGUGUCAUAAGGUAGACUCAAAACUUAUGGCUGAUAGCAGUGAUUUUCUACACUAUAAGGCUUUAUUCCAAUGGAAACUAGGAAAUACGCAAAAUUCACUGCAAAGCUUCCAGCAUGCUCUAAGGAAAGCCAACAGUCCGGAGAUAAAGGAUAUGAUACAUCGUUUAUUGCGAAGGAUCGUAGAUGAAACUAUUGGCCACAAAAGUGAAGCUGUUUUACUGGCAGUCAUUGAAACAAGCGAAUAUUUUAUGAAAAACUUAAACGAUAGCAUAAUGCUAUGCUACGUAUGGGAAAAAAGUUUUCGAAGUCAGUGGUUCAGUGACCAGGAAGCUUCCAAAACCCUUUUCAAUAAACACGAUGCCUUGCGUCAGGUCGUUGCUAGAAGGAUAAACAAGAUUUGCGUCAGUUUUCUGCAAGAAAAUCGCACUGAACAAGUUUAUCAGUUAAUGGAAUUAUUCCUUAAACAUGACAUGAUGCCUCCAUGCAAGCUGAUAUUAAUGAGAUUAUUUGAUUAUCAAUUUUGGAGGCAAGAUCUUCGUGCCUGCUCCGAAAUAAUGCAGAAUUCUAUUGAUCUCAAUGUCCCGCUUCCGGAAAUUUACAAUCACAGAUUACUAGAUCUACUGCUAGGCCGGAAAACUCCGCAGUUGAGACCAGUUUUGCCUGCCUCCUUGAGAAAACAAAACGUGAAACCUACGACAAAAACUUAUCAGCUUAAAUUUUAGUGUCAAUUUUUGUAAGAUGGUUUUUAAAAAUGUUGGGAGAUGUGAUAAUGUUAUCAAUCUGUAAAUAUUAUAGGUAAACUGUAUAAAUACUAAAGUAUAUUUCUAAAUAGCAUAACAAAACGAGUAGCAUAGUGUC